GUCAGCUCGUGGCCCUGCAGCCCUGCAGCCCGGUAGCGGAGCUCAUAGCCAGGCUUCCCGGCGCCGCAGCCCGCAGUGACAGUGGACCUUCCAGCGCCUUUCUUCAUCAGGAUGGGGGACAUGGGGGACCCGCCGAAAACGUACAUUGAUGUUGAACCGCGUGCCAUGUGCCCUCUUCAUGGUCUUCCAGAGAAGCGCCUGGUGUCUCUCUGCGUGGGCUGCGGGAACCAGAUCCACGACCAGUACAUCCUGCGGGUCUCCCCGGACCUGGAGUGGCACGCGGCCUGUCUGAAAUGCGCCGAGUGCAGCCAGUACCUGGACGAGUCGUGCACGUGCUUCGUCCGGGAUGGAAAGACUUACUGUAAACGGGAUUACAUCAGGUUAUACGGGAUUAAAUGCGCUAAAUGUAACAUCGGUUUCAGCAAGAACGACUUCGUGAUGAGGGCUCGCUCCAAGGUCUACCACAUCGAGUGUUUCCGGUGCGUCGCGUGCAGCCGGCAGCUGAUCCCCGGGGACGAGUUCGCGCUGCGGGAGGACGGGCUGUUCUGCCGGGCCGACCACGACGUGGUGGAGCGGGCCAGCCUCGGGAACGGAGACCCGCUCAGCCCGCUGCACCCCGCCAGGCCGCUGCAGAUGGCAGCAGAACCGAUCUCGGCCCGGCAGCCCGCGCUCCGGCCUCACGUGCACAAACAGCCGGAGAAGACGACCCGGGUCCGGACGGUGCUGAACGAGAAGCAGCUGCACACGCUGCGGACCUGCUACAACGCCAACCCGAGGCCCGACGCCCUGAUGAAGGAGCAGCUGGUGGAGAUGACCGGCCUCAGCCCGCGGGUCAUCCGGGUCUGGUUCCAGAACAAGCGGUGCAAAGACAAGAAGAGGAGCCUGCUGAUGAAGCAGCUGCAGCAGCAGCAGCCCAACGACAAGACGAACAUCCAGGGAAUGACGGGCACCCCGAUGGUGGCGGCCAGCCCGGAGCGGCACGACGGCGGCCUCCAGGCCAACCCGGUGGAGGUGCAGAGCUACCAGCCGCCCUGGAAGGUCCUCAGCGACUUCGCCCUGCAGAGCGACAUCGACCAGCCGGCCUUCCAACAACUGGUCACUUUCUCGGAGGGGGGACCAGGAUCCAACUCGACAGGCAGCGAGGUCGCGUCCAUGUCGUCCCAGCUUCCCGACACGCCGAACAGCAUGGUGUCCAGCCCCAUCGAGGCCUGAGCCGCCGCCGCAUGGACCGACCGAAGCUCCCGCACCUCCUCCUCCUCCUCAUCUUCAUCUUCAUCUCCUCCUGACGAGCAAACAACCCGGUUGUUGUUUUUUGACACUGUGAAGACAAUCAUGGGAUUUACCACGGACACCCAUCCUGAUGUCUCUCAGAGCGCAGACAGGCGGACCCCAGCCCCCCAUGCCCAGACGUCCUGGUUCAAGUUGCCAAAAAGAGAAAGACAUGAACCCGCUUCACCGGGACCUGUGAGUCGGACAGAGACCCAGACCAACUUAAAAACAAUGAGAUCAAACUGUGGUGAUUUUUCAUUUUCAUUUUUUAAAAUUCACCCAAACGCAUCAUUUAAAGUGUGGAGGAAACAGCGCGAGCCUCCCAUGUGACUGCUGUCCUCCAUGACUUCAGUAAUAAGGCGUUUGCAACAAGGUAUACCUCUACUUCUGCCACAAGCUUCGUGGACAUUUGUGAAUUAGUGUCCGUCCAAGAAAAUUUUCUUUCUUCCCCAAAGACCCGUGAAGGCAGCAGCAGCGAGCUGAGGAGGACAUGUCUGUUUGUUCCCGUGCAACAUGAUUAUUUAUUAUUUAUUGCCUUUUU